AUGUCGACAAUACUAAGAACUCUGCGGAAUCUCCGCCGGAUCGGUUUCAAGGAAUACGGACACCAGAUGCAGAACAUCGGUGAUACAAAGGCAGGAACUCUCAUCGGCAAGGACAGAUUCGGGAACAAGUUCUAUGAGAAUCUUGAGGAAGAGCUGCCAUUGCGGACACGAUGGGUGGACUAUAAGGAGCAUGAAUUCGACCCUUCACAGAUUGAGCCAGGCUGGCACGCGUGGAUGUCCUACAUGGUCGACAAACCUCCAACCCACGAUCCCUUGAUGCAGGUUGGACAACGUGUCUGGGAGCCAAAGGAGCACAGGCCGACAUUGACAUGGAGUCGUUCUGGAUUCAAGACAUAUAGCACAACGAAGCAUAAGUACUCCGCUUGGGUACCGGAGGCUAAGCCUCGCCAAAGCGAAGAGCCUGUACUACAAUCUACACCGAUGUCGGAAAUGGACGUACGUGAGGCCAAGCAAUCAAUCUACAAUGAUGUCCAGUACCAGCCAACUUCUGAUUCGUCCAGAGACUCGACUAUGAUGGCCUGCCUGUCUACAUUGCAGUAA